AUGUCCAAGCUCGCCCAAGUCCUCGGGGCUCUCCACAAGCCGUCUCAGCCCCUAAUUCUACCCAACAUCUACUACCUCCCCUCGCUCUAUGCCAUCCUCUCCCUCAAUACAUCCACCUCCCAGCCCGUCAAAGCCAUCGCGACGGCGUCUUGGGGUAUAGCGGCCACCCUCGGCAUUGCCGACGAGGAUCUCACCGCCGAGCAGAACCUUGCCUUCAUUGAGAGAAUCGCCACCACAGUCAAAGAAGCCGGCCUACCGCUCAGCGCUGAUUUACAGGAUGGCUACGGGGAACGCGUGGGUGAGAUUGUCACCAAGGCCGUACGUCUUGGUGUUCACGGCGGGAACAUCGAGAAUGCCCGGCCCGGCCGGGGUCGUGACCAACGCAUCCAAGGUGCCUUAUACCCCGUGGAGGAGCAAGUCGAAAGGUUGCAGACGGCACUGAAGGCCGCCUCGGACGCAGGUUGUCCCGACUUUAUGCUCAACGCGCGGACAGACGUCUUUCUGCUAGAGGGCCUUUCCGACGAUGUGAAGAUGCAAGAGGCGGUGCGUCGAGGAAAAGCGUACCUCGCGGCUGGGGCCACGACCGUCUUCGUCUGGGGCGGCGCACGGGGCCUCCGGGAUGGCGAGGUGAAGACGCUGGCUCGGGAGUUUGAGGGGCGGCUGGCGGUGAAGCUGGCCAUGGUACAGGAGGCUCUUAGCACGACGCAAGUGGCAAAUUUGGGCGUCGCCAGGAUCAGUAUUGGUCCGAGUCUGUACCACAUUGCGAUGGACGCUAUGAAGAAGUCGGCCGUGGACAUCCUUCAAGGAAAUAGACUGGUCUUGUGA